ACCACCACCACCCACCAGCAUCUCGCUCGCUCGCUUGCCCCGCUCCUGCAUCGCGUAUCGUACCUGCGCCGCGCACACCAUGCCAGCUGCCGCGCCGGCGUCGCUGCCCGGCUCGCUCGAGGAGGCCAAGGAGCGCUACGAGUCGACGAAGCGCGCGCUGCGCGCCGGCCUGGCCAAGAAGCGCACCAUCGACCGCACCCUCACGGACCUCGAGUCGCAGAUCUUUCUCUUUGAGGGCUCCUACCUCGCCGCCACGGCCGCGUCUGGCGGCAACAUCGUCAAGGGCUUCGACUCGUACCUCAAGGUCGGGCCCAGCCGGCCAAACGCUGCCGCGGCGGCCGCCUCGGGCCUGGGCGCCGAUGUGCCGAUCGAGGACCGCCUCUUCAGCACCAGCUCGGCCACGUACACGCGCAGCCUGGAGCUGAAGGCCAACGAGGGCCGGCGUGCCGAGGCUGCGGCUGCUACGGCCGCUGCAGCUGCUGCCAACGCCGCGUCGAGCUCGCAGGGCCAGCAGCGCGCCAGCAAGGAGGGCACGGCGGAUGCCGAGAGCGCUGCGGGCACGCCGACGGUGGAGAAGAAGAAGAAGCGCAAGGAUGCGCCGGGCACUGGCGGCAAGGACAAGAAGCGCAGGCGCGAGGAGGAGUGAUUGGGCCUUCGAGGUGGAAGAGGGCGUCGUCACUGCGCGAGCCAUUCGAUCGCUGCCUCGACAGCCACGCGCACCCGUGCCGCGUCCUUCCUCCAUCUCCGGCCUUUGCGCCCUCUGCCGCGCCCGAGCAAAGUCUUCAGUCGCUCCUCGGUCGCUUCAUCGCCCGCACGCGCUUCACACCGCGGUCCUCUUGCGUCGCACCAGAGCCGUGUCGCUUCGAGACGCAGUCCUUUCCUGCGCAGCAUCUCCAGCCGUAGCCCACCAUUCGACCCUUCUGAGCAUCUCCAACAUCUCUCUACUACCCAGUCACCAUCUGUACCCAUAGCCGUGGCUUCACAUGUACUCGUAAUCGUCAUUCGUGCCUAGCG